CCCUCCCCACUCGCCUCCCGCGCCUCUCAAAGUGGCUGCGCUCUGAUUGGCUACCGUCGGCGUAGCUCAACCAGGUCAACGGCCAUAAAACGGCCAGUUUGCGGCGCGGCGAUUGGUCCGAAGCGCAGGCCAGCCUCACAAACCCACGUGGAACGGAGCCCUCGAUUGGCUGGUGUGACCACUCUGGAGGCGGUCCUCCAGUUUCGGUUAGCUUGGAGCGUGAAACCGCGUGAGAAAGUUGCCAUUGAAGAGGGAAGUAUAGUCGGACGGCGGACUACUGCUCCGGCCACCGCCACCACUGCCGCUUUGGAAGUAGUUGUUAUCCAAACUAACAUCAUAUUUCCUUUUUUUCUGCUUCCACACGACUGUUAUGUAUCCACCAGUCAUCGGGGAGGUAGAUAUAUCAAAAUUACUAUUUGGCGGACAGCUCGAGUGAGUCAAGUGGGGGCUCUUCAGUGCAAUUUACUCGCCUCGAGCUUAAUGAGCCGCUUCCCAGUGCUUUGCUGCUUGAUUUACUGCCCCUCUUCCCGCGGGAGAGUGGGGGGCUAGAACACGCCCGGAAGAGGAGCGCGUUAAACGGCUUGCUUGGCUCCCAAGUGUCGGUCCUUGCGUGGAAAGGUCGACGGAUGGCUUGGUGAACCGGAUCACCACCUCGUCAGCACCGACCUCACCCCCAAUCCCAACCUAUCCUGGUUUGGUGCUUCUCAAGGGGGGCGUCGUGACGGAAGCGGGAGGACCCCCCCUCCUCCUCCUCGUCCGGAGAUAACAAUGUUCCCCCAGGGGCGGCACCCGACUUCCCACCAGGCUCCAGGCCAGCCGUUUAAGUUCACCAUCCCAGAAUCCCUGGACCGCAUCAAGGAGGAAUUCCAGUUCUUGCAGGCCCAGUACCACAGUCUCAAAUUGGAAUGUGAAAAGCUGGCUGGUGAAAAGACGGAGAUGCAGAGACACUAUGUCAUGUACUAUGAGAUGUCUUACGGCCUCAACAUUGAAAUGCACAAACAGACUGAGAUCGCCAAGAGACUCAACACCAUCUGCGCACAAGUCAUCCCCUUCCUCUCGCAGGAGCAUCAGCAGCAGGUGGUCCAAGCGGUGGAGCGGGCCAAGCAGGUGACCAUGGCUGAGCUUAAUGCCGUGAUCGGGGUACGCGGACUGCCCGGCCUUCCACCUACGCAACAUCUUCCACACAACCACGGCGGUGCCCCAGUGCCCCUCACGCCUCACCCUGCUGGCCUGCACCCCUCACAGCUGGGCGGUUCAGCCAGCCUGCUGGCGCUUUCGGGAGCACUUGGUGCCAUGCCUCCCCAUCUGGCGGGCAAAGAAGGAGCUGAUAAAAAGCCACACCUUUCAGGGGCUGAUUCACACCCAGGAGGACCCGAGCACUUGAGAGAUCGGGAACCAGGCACAAGUAACUCGCUACUGCCAGAAAGCCUCCGUAACUCAGACAAACGACGGAAUGGACCCGACUUUUCAAACGACAACAAGAAGCGCAAAGUAGAAGACAAGGACUCCAGCCACUAUGAUAGCGACGGAGAGAAAAGUGAUGAUAAUUUAGUGGUGGAUGUCUCAAAUGAGGAACAAGCCUCCCCUCGCAGCACGCCCAUCCCCUCCCCGAGAGAGAAUGGCUUGGAUAAAGCACGCCUCCUCAAAAAGGACCCCUGCAGUCCUGCUUCGACUGCAUCUUCGGCUAGCUCUUCCUCCCUCAAAUCCAAAGAAAUGGCAAUGCGAGACAAAGCGGGAACCCCUGGUCUCAAGUCAAGCACACCCACGCCAAGAGGGGAUUCCACCCCAGGUCCAAGCACCACACCUGGUGUACGGCCCAGCCUGUCAAAACCACCGUCUAUGGAGAUCCCACAUCCACCUUCUGCAGGUCUCAGGACUCCCCUUGCUGUGCCUGGCCCGUACCCAGGCGCAUUCAGCAUGUUGCCCCAUGCUGCGGGGAUGAACGGCGAACUUGCGGGGGCAGCCAGCGCUGCUGCCUAUGCUGCUGGACUUCACAACAUUUCGCCUCAAAUGAGUGCUGCUGCUGCCGCCGCUGCAGUGGCUGCAUAUGGGCGCUCACCAAUGGUCGGCUUUGAUCCACACCCUCACAUGCGGGUUCCUGGAAUGCCUCCCAGUCUGGCAGGAAUCCCUGGUGGCAAGCCUGCCUAUUCCUUCCAUGUUGCAGCAGAUGGACAAAUGCAGCCGGUGCCAUUUCCUCCAGACGCCCUGGUAGGCCCAGGUAUCCCUCGCCAUGCCCGUCAGAUCAACACGCUUAACCAUGGCGAGGUAGUCUGCGCCGUUACCAUCAGUAACCCAACGCGGCACGUCUACACGGGUGGAAAGGGCUGCGUCAAGGUGUGGGACAUCAGUCACCCUGGCAACAAGAGUCCUGUGUCGCAGCUCGACUGUUUGAACCGAGACAACUACAUCCGCUCCUGCCGCCUCCUCCCUGAUGGUCGCACGCUGAUCGUGGGUGGUGAGGCGAGCACACUGUCCAUCUGGGAUUUGGCCACACCCACUCCUAGGAUCAAGGCCGAGCUGACGUCAUCAGCGCCGGCAUGCUAUGCUCUGGCCAUCAGCCCGGAUUCAAAGGUGUGCUUCUCAUGCUGCAGUGAUGGCAACAUCGCUGUGUGGGACUUGCACAACCAAACUCUGGUCAGGCAGUUCCAGGGCCACACAGACGGAGCCAGCUGUAUUGACAUUUCCAAUGAUGGCUCCAAACUGUGGACCGGAGGACUGGAUAACACUGUCCGGUCGUGGGAUCUGCGAGAGGGACGCCAAUUGCAGCAGCACGACUUCACGUCGCAGAUAUUCUCUCUCGGCUACUGUCCGACUGGGGAGUGGCUGGCUGUUGGAAUGGAGAGCAGCAAUGUGGAGGUCCUUCAUGUGACCAAACCAGACAAAUACCAGCUGCAUCUUCACGAGAGCUGUGUGCUCUCCCUGCAGUUUGCAUAUUGUGGUAAAUGGUUCGUGAGCACCGGGAAGGACAACUUGCUAAACGCAUGGAGAACUCCUUAUGGUGCCAGCAUAUUCCAGUCUAAAGAAUCCUCUUCGGUGCUCAGCUGUGACAUAUCUGCAGACGACAAGUACAUCGUCACCGGUUCCGGAGACAAGAAGGCUACUGUCUAUGAGGUCAUAUACUAACGUGAUGAAAGGCUCAUUGCAAGCAUUGGACUAAAUGAAGACAACAGGCAGUUCUUGUGCUUGUAAUCGUGUACACUCCCUCUUUGUUGCAACGUGGGAAAAGAAAGAAAGAGCGGACACUGUUAAACUUUACCAAGGAAAAUGAUACUAGAAGGUUGGAAAGUUGCCUGUUUUUAUCUGGAUCACUUGACAGGCUGUGGGACCAUGCAUUCUUAUACAAACGGAGCCACUGAAGCCAACGAGCAUCGCUGCAAAACGUCAAUAGAGGACAGAGGAGACGAAAUAGUAGAUACGAGCCAAGGAGAAUUUCGGAGGCGGAGGGUAUUGAACUCUGAGCCUUUUGCCUCUUUGGCCUCCGAAUCUCAGCUCCAGCUCGCAGACACCCACGCCGUCUCAUCAAGGCCUCUGCUGUCCUUCCAGCAAGUCCACCUACACACAUAGACACGUACAAGCAGAUCCAUUCCUGCCAUCAAAUGUCUUGAGGCACUCAACAUUUCACCAUCUAAUAGCAGGGUUGGGGACCUUUUUCCACCUUCUAUAAAGUCCUCCAAAAACUAGAUUUAUGAAAAAUUUAAUGGAACAAAUAUAUAUAUAUGAACAUUUGCAAGGAGAAAUCAGACAUUCCUGGAGAAGUUUAUUCCUUCCAAAUUCCAGAACCGUGCAUGUAAGUUUAAUUAAAGGUUCCUAAGUUGAAGGUCUGAAUGUGAGUAUGAAUGCUAUUUGUCGUCAGUUGCCCUGAAAUUGGCUUGUGACCAAUUGGGGGUGUGCAUCCCAUCUCUCGCCCACCUGGGAAAUGGUCCAGAUUUUCUGCGAUCAACAUGACGACAAGUGCUAAUUAAAAAAGGGGGAAAAAAACUGUUCUGUUGAUAACCAUUGUUGCGUCAAAAUUUUGAUCUUCUAGGUUUAAAUCUUGGUUCAUGGCAAUGGAUUUUCCCUGGAAACUUAUGUCUCUCUCCCAUCUUCCCAAAACUUAGUUGGUGAGUCUGAAUGCUUGUUGGGUGCACCUUCCCACUCAUCCAAAGUCACAAGCCCGAUAGAAAAUGGGUAGAUGGAUAGCUUUUGGGGCUUUUGAAAAGGUUCCCCUCCUCGGAUCUUCUACUAAAUUAAAGAGUUAAAACGAAGUAAAGCAAACCAAAUACGAGACCCUAACAGACUCUUUAUUUAUAUACAGGACCUUACCUCAACCCUUUUUUUUUGUUUUGUUUUAAUUAAGGAUGGACAUCUAAAUUAAACUCAUUAAUAGAUUAAUAAUACAAAUAUUGAGGAUGAAUGAAUCUUUCCUCUUCAGGCUGCCUCCCACCAUUUUGGUAAUCAAGUCUUCACAGUUGAUGCAAGAUGGAUUGUUAUGCUCACACUGGGUGGACAAGGAUCAAACUGCAUCUCCAUUAAAAAAAUGAUGAGUAUCAGUGUUGCUUAUAUCUGUGCAUCAUUUAAAUCAAAUCACUGUGUGCUUAUGUUGUUAUUAGUUGUUUUUUUUGUUUGUAAAUCUAUUUUUGCUCAUUGAAUGUUUGUAUAAAUGUAAAUAAAUGUCCUUUUUUGGAGGGAUGUGGGGGUUGGGUUUGGUUUCAUAUGGGAUGUUGCUAAGAAAGUGUUUUUGUAUAUCUUUUUCAUGCAAAUGAAAGGUGGAAGGAAAACUAAAAGGUCUUAACUACUAAUUUGAAAAGUUUAGUUAAUAAAUGGUGUUUUUGUAAUCAAAGUGGUGUUUGUGGACUUUUGUUGUCACUAGAAAUGUGCUGAUUACCGGUUUCAAGGUUUACCAUGGUAUGAAAACGUCAAGGUUUCAAAACCGCAAAAAUUUCUGUCAUAUCGUCCCUGUGGUAUUAAUGAUUUUUUAUGUCCCAAAAAUGCAGGGAGAAAUCCCUCACUUGCAGCUGCAAGGAUCAAACCUCUCCCACUGGUUGUUGCUCAGUGUCAGUGAGUCGGCUGUGCUACACGAUGGCUGGAGGAGGUGAAACUCCUGAACUUUUUCCCACAUGGAAGAAAACAAAAUCACUUGUAUGACAAAACUUUAUGUCUAGAAAAGUUAGAUGGCCGCAGCUUAGAGGAGGAGGGCCAACAUACGUGAACAUUUUUUGCAGAGGGUGGCUGCUGAGGAGGCAAUACCUCCAAUAUGAUUUCGCAUUUAUACAAAAUUAAAGGUUAGUAAAC